AGCAAAGCGGGACAGAGCCCAGUCGCAGUCAGACGCUUCGACGAGAAGCAUCACAGGCGUAAAAAACAAAAAAAAAACCUCCGACGUCCAGGACACUGCCAGGUGUCUGCAGAAACCCUCUGUUGAGAACCAGCAACCUGAAGCUGACAUUUUAUUUUAUUUUUUUAAGAUAGUGAUUUUCACUCUUAUGAGAGCUGAGGUGUUUGAAUCAGCAGGGGAAAAAAAGAGUGAGAAAAACAAACAAACAAACAAACAAACAUGGCUCAAAUCACUGCAGAAGAAAUGGCCAGGCUCUUCCCGAAGAUGUCUCUGAGCGCAGCGGAUGAGAAGAUCCGGCUGAUGGCGGAGAAAGUGUACGCUUCUGCCCUGAGAGAGGAGGACACCAAAGACGCCAUGGCCCUGUUCAGCGUGCCGGAGGACUGUCCCAUCGGCCUGAAAGAGGACAGGGAGCGGGAGAUGCAAAAGGAGCUGGCCGAGCAGCACUCUCAGGAAUCAGUGAAGAGGAAGAAGACCUUCUUGCUGAAGCGCUCCCAGUCCAUAUCUAUGCAGGAUGACUGGAGGGCGUCUCCACAGCCCACUCCAGGAGGGGCCGAAGCUUCUCUCCCAGAAAACUUCCCAGACUACCAGAGAGUUACCAUCAGUGGGGAUUACUGUGCAGGGAUAACAGUUGAGGAUUACGAACAAGCAGCCAGGAGUCUCUUUAAAGCCCUCGUCAUCCGAGAGAAAUACUCCAAGCUGAUCUACCACCGCUUCCCAAGAACCGCUGCGAAGUACCUUCGCGAUGGAGAGAACUUGAAGUGGAGCGAAGACGACGAGGUUCUGCCAGACACCUGGCCUAGCCCUCACGAAGGAGAGGACCCGUACUCCAUGGAGGGCAUUCCUGAGAACCUGAACUAUGAGCUGAAGAUGAAGGAUGGAAUAGUUCAUGUUUACGCCAACGCUGAGGCCCUGAAGCAAGAGCAAGCCCUCAGCCUGCCCUACCCUGACCUGGAGACCUUCACCAUCGAUCUGAGCCACGUACUUGCAAUGAUAGCUGAUGGGCCAACGAAAACCUACUGCCACAGACGGCUGAACUUCUUGGAAUCUAAAUUCUACCUUCAUGAAAUGCUAAAUGAAAUGGCUGAGAUGAAAGAGUUAAAACGCGUUCCACAUAGAGAUUUCUACAACGUCAGAAAGGUGGACACACAUAUACACGCUGCCGCCUGCAUGAAUCAGAAGCAUCUGCUGAAAUUCAUAAAGCGAUCGUACCAAAAUGAGGCAGACCGGGUGGUCUUGGAAAAAGGCAGCGAGAAGAUAACUCUGGAAGAAGUCUUCAGGAAGCUCAACAUGGACCCCUAUGACCUGACGGUGGAUUCACUGGACGUCCACGCUGGAAGACAAACCUUCCACCGCUUCGACAAGUUCAACUCCAAGUACAACCCUGUUGGAGCCAGCGAGCUGCGAGAGAUUUACUUGAAAACCGACAACUACAUCAAAGGAGAAUACUUUGCGCGUCUCGUCAAGGAAGUUGCCGCAGAGCUGGAGGAGAGCCAGUAUCAGUAUGCUGAACCCCGUCUGUCGAUUUACGGCCGAUCUCCCAGCGAGUGGGAGAACCUCGCCACAUGGUUUAUCCAACAGAAGGUCCACUCCCCCAACAUGAGAUGGAUGAUCCAGGUUCCAAGGAUCUAUGACAUCUUCAGGUCAAAGAAACUGGUGCCGAACUUCGCCAAGAUGCUCGAGAACAUUUUCCUUCCACUUUUCGAGGCCACCGUCAACCCUCAAAAGCACAAAAUAAUCCACGUGUUCCUAAAAUACGUGACGGGGUUCGACAGCGUGGACGACGAGUCCAAACACAGCAACCACAUGUUCAGCUACAAAAGCCCGAAGCCUGAGGAGUGGAUCGAAGACAACAACCCUCCAUACACCUACUACCUCUUCUACAUGUAUGCUAACAUCAUGGUGCUCAACAACCUGCGCAAGGAGCGAGGCCUGAACACCUUCCAGUUUCGUCCUCACUGUGGAGAGGCCGGCUCCCUCACCCACCUGGUCUCUGCCUUCCUGACCGCAGACAACAUCUCCCACGGACUCAACCUCAAGAAGAGUCCGGUGUUGCAGUACCUGUACUACCUGGCCCAGGUCCCGAUCGCCAUGUCCCCGCUGAGCAACAACAGCCUCUUCCUCCAGUACUCCAAGAACCCACUGCGAGAGUUUCUGCACAAAGGCCUGUGUGUGUCGCUGUCCACCGACGAUCCCAUGCAGUUCCACUACACCAAGGAAGCGCUGAUGGAGGAGUACGCCAUAGCAGCGCAGCUGUGGAAGCUGAGCACAUGUGAUCUGUGUGAGAUCGCCAGGAACAGCGUCCUGCAGAGCGGACUCUCACACCAGGAGAAGAAACAUUUUCUCGGCUCCAACUACCUUCAAGACGGACCAGAAGGCAACGACAUCCGGCGGACCAACGUGGCCCAGAUCCGCAUGGCGUACCGCCACGAGACUCUGCGUAAUGAACUCAGCUUCCUGGUGGACGCCGUGAAGACAGAGAGCGCUCUGAACCCAGCCGAGUUCUAGACCCGACGGGUCCGACCCAAACGCCUGGGCUGCGUCGUCAGACAAUGGGACACUGACUAGACAGCAGAUAUUUUUUUUUUUUCAAAUUCAGUUUAUUGGGUUUUGGGUUUUUUUCUACUUUUUUCUCAUAAUGUUGGGGUGGCUAAAAAACAAAAAAAGACUGUAUGUAAUGUGUCUGGCGAUUUAAACCAGUCCAGAUAUCACCAUUUAUGUGCCUCUUUUCAUCUGGUUAGGUUUUUCUGUUUAGUUUUUUACAUUUGUGCAAUUAUCAUACAGCAACUUGUCUGUAUGAUUAUGAAUUUCAAUGAGGGAAAUGUCACUUUUUUAUCGAAGUAUUAAUAAUGACAUUAUGCUGUUGCAAGGAUUUUACUAAAGACUUAUGAUUUAUUGAGUAUGAAAACAUGUUUGACUAUAUUAACAGUUAAAAUUGAUUGGAUAGUUCUUUUACAAAAUGUCUGAUUUCUCUUUUCCCACAAUUUAAAUAAAGGCUGUAAAACAGA